AUGAAAAUCACCAACCUAUUGUCUCUGCUACCCCUCGUUUCUGCCAAAGUUCUCUGGGAUGGCCGUUUCAACAACCUCAACUCCUCUUCGGAUCUCAACAAGUGGUCCUGGGCCAACCAGGUCGGGCCCUACCAGUACUACAUCCACGGCUCGGGCGACGUGACAAAGUACGUUAAUCUGUCACCCUCGUACAAGAACCCUGGCGACGCGGCCUCGAAGCAAGGUGUCAAGAUCACGCUCGACAGCACCGCCUACUGGAACGGGCAAAACAUGCGCCGCACCGAGCUCAUCCCGCAGACCAAGGCCGCCAUUGCCUCGGGCAAGGUGUGGUACCACUUUAGCAUCUCUCGCAGGGAUGCCAACGCGCCGAGCGUCUUCCGCGAGCACCAGAUUGCCUUCUUCGAGAGUCAUUUCACCGAGCUCAAGAGCGGGUGGAUCAGCGGCGAGCAAGCCGUCAGCAACAACAAUUUGCAGUUCAUGGUGCAGGGCAAGAGUCUGUGGAAGACAGAGUGGAAGCCGGAUGUGUGGCACAACGUCGCCUAUGAGAUUAACUUCUCCAGCGGAGGCGUUGGCUUCUGGCACUCUGAGGGCGGCGCACCCUUGCAACAAGUAGUGGCCCCGGUCUCUGCUUCGACCUCAUCCAACGGCCAGGACUGGCACCUGGGCGUCCUCGAACUACCUCGGAACGGCUAUGCAGACACCAAUGAGGACUUUUACUUCUCUGGGGUUUACAUCGAGGACGGCGCUAUCACCACGUCUGUCACUGGACCUGCUGCAUGA